AUGGGGUUUCCGAUUGAACGAAGAGCUGAACACGGCGUCGGAACUCACCAUAAGAGGCAUGCGCUACUUCUUAAUGGAAAAUCUCAACCAAGCAGACCUCUCGGCCACGGCUACCCCUCAGCGUUUCAAUGCUUUCGGACGGCUUCCGUAGCCGAAGAUGCGGUAGCCGAUGCCGUCCGGUCAGCUAAGUUCAACGGCUAUGCCCCCACCGUUGGUAUUCUUCCGGCGAGAAGGGCCAUAGCAGAGUCCCUAUCUCAAGAACUUCCAUACAAGUUAUCAGCUGAUAAUGUUUAUCUAACACUUGGAUGCGCACAAGCAAUCGAAGUCAUAUUAGCAGUCCUUGCUCGACCCAACGCCAACAUUCUAUUGUCAAGACCGGGCUACCCUUAUUAUGCAGCGCGUGCAGCGUAUAGCCAUCUUGAAUUCCGUCACUUUGAUCUUCUUCCAGAGAAAGGUUGGGAGGUUGAUCUUGAUCGAGUUGAAGCACUUGCGGAUGAAAAUACUGUCGUGAUGGUCAUUGUGAACCCUGGCAAUCCUUGUGGAAAUGUCUUUACGUACCAACAUCUAAAGAAGGUUGCUGAGACUGCAAGAAAGCUUGGGAUGUUAGUGAUUACUGAUGAAGUUUAA